AUGUUAAAAGAAAAAUGCUCAGGCUUUGAACUUGAAUUCAAUCCGUCAAUUAUUGUAUCCGAUUUCGAACAAAGUAUCCAUGUAGCUUCUAAAGUUGUUUGGCCAUUAAUUACAGUCGUGGGGUGCAGAUUUCAUCUUACUCAGUCAUGGUGGAAACGAAUACAAAAUUUAGGAUUAAAGCCGGAUUAUAUGGAUCCAAAUUCAGAAAAUGGAAAAUGGCUUCACUUGAUUUUCGGUCUCUCAUUAUUACCCUCUAACGAAGUAGACGAUUGUUUUGUUGAAGAUCUGAUGUCAAUUCAACCUUUAUCAGAAAAACUAGUUGAAUUUUCUGACUAUUUAGUUGACACAUAUAUUUCAUCAAGUUCGACUUUUCCACCUUCACUGUGGGCUAUGAAUUCAAUUGAUUCAGAAAGGACUACUAAUGCAUGUGAAUCAUUUCAUUCGUCAUUUUCGAGAAACUUUAGUAGUGCACAUCCAAAUAUUUUUACUUAG